AGCGAGGACCUUCGCCAUCGCUGGCCUCAGACUGCUCAUCGCCGGCCUCAGAGCUCACGACCGCGCGAAAAGAGAUCUUCCGUCGUGAGCGGCGAGAGGAUACCUCCCGCUCCCGCUCUCUCCGGCAACAGCCCAGCACCGGUCAGGUUCAUCCUUCGAUCCGGUCUUUUAUUCUCAUUCGUCUCCUCCUUGACAUUCCUCUCCUUGUCCUUCUUCGUCCUGCUCAAGUCGCCGUUCCUUUGCCAUCGCCAUCGCCAUCGUCAUCGCCAUCGCCGCCACGUCAUCGUUCAGUGGACGGCCAUUAUCGCUCCGUGUAAGGACAUCGCGCAGUAGAAGAAUGGCAACUCCUGAGUUUGGUUUGGUGCAUAUCUCUGCAGGCGACCUGCUGCGCGCCGAGGUGGCUGCAGGAACACCCAAUGGAAAGACAGCCAAGGGUUAUAUGGAUGCAGGGCUAUUAGUCCCAGAUAGUGUUGUUAAUAAGAUGAUUGUUGACAGAAUCAAAGACACAGAAGCAGCUGGCAAAGGAUGGCUCAUUGAUGGGUACCCGAGAAGUGCCACACAAGCUGCUGAGCUGGAGGCAUCAAAUAUCCGACCCGAUGCUUUUAUUCUGCUUGAGGUUCCCGAGGAACUACUGGUGGAAAGGGUCGUGGGUCGGCGUCUGGAUCCCAUUACCGGGAAGAUCUACCACCUGACAUACUUCCCACCAGAGACUGAGGAGAUCAGGGCAAGACUCACACAGAGGUCAGAUGAUACGGAGGAGAAGGCCAAGGCCCGGCUGCAAGUAUACUAUGCAAAUGUGGCAGCGGUUCUGUCGGCAUACACCAGCAUCACGAAGACAAUAUUCUGGAGAUCCAUUGAGACGAAGAUGACCUCCUGGCCGGCUGAGGAGUGUGAAGGGAGCGGAUUGGGCAGGGGGGGCGGUGGGGGAGAAGGAUUUCGAGUAGGAUUCAGGAGGGAGGGGGUCAGGAUUUGUGCACGGCCAAUGUUGGGAGGAGUUGGCGGGGAUCACGCCGUGAAUGCGGAGAGGCAGGGGGGUGAAGGAACACUAGGGAAGAUCGGCUGUAGAUGCUCGUCGGCCUCUGCACAGAGUAUUAGCAGUGGGCAAGCUGCCGAGUCAGCAAAGAACUUGAGGACGAGGGAGUCGUCUGCAGCCUUGUUUCCACGUCAGUUUGCCGGUGCAUCGCUGAGCUCAUCAACGUCAGACUAUGUUAAUGGCAAAACCUUAGAAGACACGAUCUCCAGACAAAAUCGCAAAGCGACUCGAUCACUGCGCUCCACAUGGCAUCCAGUCAAAGCACAAGCUGAAGUUGUGGAGAAACCAUGGAAGAUGUCCGAUGCACGGUUGGUGCUCGAGGAUGGGUCGAUAUGGAAAGGAACGGCAUUUGGUGCAAAGGGAACACAAGUUGGUGAGGUGGUCUUCAACACAUCACUCACAGGAUUCAGCGAUUAUGACCGGGCGUUUAUUUGGGUGAUGAUGGUAGCUGUGGGACUGGGUACUGUGGUGAGUGGUCAUGGCAUGGUGGACCACCACGCGGAGAGCUCGGAUGUCGAAUCGAAGCAAUGCUUCUUGGGAGCUUUGGUAAUCCGCAACCUUAGCAUCAGUGUAUCGAAUUGGCGAGCGACAAAGAGCCUGCCUGAGUAUCUCGAGGAGCACAACGUGAUGGGCAUAGCAAAUUUAGAUACACGUUCAAUUACCAAGCGACUGAGGGAGGAUGGCAGUCUCAUUGGUGUUUUGACAACGGACAGUUCAUUGUCAGACGAGGAGCUGAUUGAGUCAGCCAGGAGCUGGGACAUUGUAGGAAAAGACUUGAUUUCUGGAGUGUCAUGCACGGAGCCUUAUGAGUGGAAAGAGAAUACGAACGAGCAAUGGGAAUUCAGCCCGCUCGUUCCAGAUGGCAACUCUGGCGCAAAAUUCCAUGUGGUUGCAUAUGACUUUGGAAUUAAGCGCAACAUCAUGAGGAGGCUGAUUUCACAUGGUUGCCGCAUCACAGUUGUACCGUCCAUGACAACUGCUGGGGAGGUCAUGGCAAUGAAUCCUGAUGGCAUCCUGUUCAGCAACGGACCUGGCGAUCCUUCCGCUGUUCCUUAUGCUGUUGAAUCUGCCAAGAAACUUGUGGGCAAGGUCCCGGUUUUCGGGAUUUGUAUGGGUCAUCAGAUUCUUGGUCAAGCUUUUGGUGGACGGACAUUCAAGCUGAAGUUUGGGCAUCAUGGCGGGAACCAUCCUGUACGACAUGAACCGACUGGACGCAUUGAGAUCAGUUCACAGAAUCACAACUAUGCUGUUGACAUCAGCACUCUGCCAGAAGGCGUGGAAGUAACGCAUGUUAAUCUCAACGACGGGACAUGCGCCGGGAUGGUGUACCCGGCGAUGAAGGCAAUGAGCAUCCAAUAUCAUCCAGAGGCAUCGCCAGGACCCCAUGAUUCAGACCUUGCUUUCCACGACUUCGCGAAGAUGUUGGAGGAGCAUAAAGCAACGAGGAAAUAGACGUGGCGGGAGAAGGCAUUGAUGUGUGUUUCCAAGCCAUGUCAGUGCAGCAUGUGCUGUAAUCACACCUGUGUGUGCUGUGCAUGUAUGGUGAUAUCUUUCCACGACUUCACGAAGAUGAUGAACAGGAGAAGGCAAUUUUAGACUUAGGGACAAGAAUGUCAUAAAAGCUUCGGACUAAGAGCAUCGUAACUUUCGGGACACCACUACGGCAAACGUGGUCCGGCCAAAACCCGUGCUGUUAGCAGGGGCCAUCUUCAGCAGGGGCAUGGUGAUAUGCUGCUAUGAAGGCGAUCCGCGUGAUGCGAUGUUAGCACAUAUGUCUGUCCAUAAGAGGACAAAGGCAUUCAACCAACAUUUUAGACGGGAGAGGCAGGCGGAGGCAUGGUGGCGGCCACUGGUCACUAAGUAAAAUCGGAGAGUGUCACGCCAUAUCUGCAUAAGAAGUUGCGGCAGCUAUGGGCACCUGUCGUGACUCGCGGUGUUCCGUCAGUCAGAUGCAAGAAGAUGCCGAGGAUAAAUGCUACCUUGGCCGUCGUUGCCAACUCGUAAACUCUGCAGAUGCUGCAUGUGUGAUUAAAUCAGCAAUUUUGACAUUGGCCGUCAUUGAUAAGCGCUACCGACCCCACAUUUUGUUCCGGGAUCAUGGAAAUCAAGGAGGUGGUGCCUGCACGACAAACUUUUGCCGUCUGCUUGUACCUACAGAGGCUACGCAGACUCUACUGCUUUGAUUCUAUCGGCAAUAUGCCCUGGAUCUUGAACGUCUCCUGGGAUCGAAUGGGGUCUAUAUGGGUCCCGUCCCCCGUGGACAAGAACAGGGCUCUAAGCGAGCACAUGGGGUGCAAAAUGUCGUUGGGGAAAGCGGGAAAUGGCAUCACUGGCGGUAGUCGUGACGAAUUUGCAGGAAAAGCUGCUGAAUGCGCUCAGAGCUAAAAAUCGAUUGCAUGCGCUCUCUCUUCUUUUUGUUGCGAGAGGCUUUUGCUACGAGUUAUCUUCAGGUAAACUAAUUGUCUGCCACAAGUCACUGGGAGGCUGCCGGCGGCUCCUAUGUAACCUGAUCAGUGUGCCAAAAAGGCUGUCAUAAGUCUGGCGUCCGGCUGGACGAUGUGUUUUUUUUGCACACUUCGGUGUGAUUUUGUUUUUUCCCUGAACAAAAAUGUCCCUAAAAGGUUGUCAGAAAUCUUGCAUUUGGCUCGAUGAUGUGUUUUGUUCCACACUUGUGUGUGAUUUCGUUGCUGUCUUUUUGCGUAAUGGAUGUUCUCUGGCGGUGGCGAUGCAACCCAUAGAGCAGGGGCAUUUCUGUCCAUGUGAGGCAGAGUGCCUUUCCGUGUGUUGUGUUCGCUGGACGUGUUGCCCGGAAUGCACAAUAUGGGCCUUGUCGCACACAUGCGCCAAACGCCAACAGUUUGAACGUAUGGGGAAAUGAUAACGAGUCCAGAUGCAUUCAAAUUUCAAAAUGCUGGGAUUUGGCGAGUGGUGCGGCACACCCUAUGUCUUUGUGACUCACAGAGGGGGCAUUGUUCCACUUCCAGCUGAGGGAGUAUUUUUCAUUUUGAGUAGAGAUAGGACUAUAUCGCUAACUGCAUGGACCACAUUGAAACAGGAUGAUUUUUAUUUUUUUUUUUAAUGUUUUUUUUUUUUUUUUUUUUAAACAGGAUGAAUAUUUCCAUCUUGUUUUGUUUUUUUCCUUCUUUUUCUCGAGGUUUUUGAGCGAUUCAGUCCCUUCCCGUAAAGUGUGGAGAGUGAAGCUUCGGAAAGAAAUGACCUGCGGUGAUGCUCUCUCUCUUUCUGACAGUCUGUGUUCUUUUGCGCGUAUAAUUUUAGCGGA